GGAAUUACCUAAAUCUAUCUUAAUGAGCUAACGUUUUGCUUUUUCCCGUUUUAGUUUCUUCAGUUUCUCGUAUUUUCUGCUGUCAACCCGGCAUUUAACUUAUCUGUUUCCUCACAGAGCCGUAGCCAGUGUGAGGCAAAACCCUGAGGUACUUGCCUCAGUCAUUUUAUCAUUUUGCUGUUUUUCUUUUUGAAGGAGGAAAGUAAAACAUUGCUUUAAUAUAUCCCUAGUCGUGAAGAGAAUUCACUGACCAUGGACAUUGCCUUAGUCAUAAUUUUGUUCUGGCUACGACCCUACUAAGUAACUAUACAUGAACCUAGCAGGUCGCACGGAAUGGAGGCCAGUGCUAGCGCUAAGUUUCACGACCCAAACAUAAUGUCGGGAACGUAAAUUUGUGUUACUUAAUUUUUAGUUUUAGUUUGCUUUAUGUUGAUCAUGUAAUUAUUCGCGGCUGUCCAUUGGUCAAAGUUAGCCCACACGUUGUAUCUUGUAUCGUCCAGGUUCUAGAUUCCUUACUCGUUUUGUGUAAGCGCGCGGUUUAGUUACGUUUUAACAAUUAGAUUCCAUCGAUGGUCAUGUUAGGGUUUGUCUAUUGCUACUGACCUUGCUGAGGUUCCUCUUUGACGUUCCUGUUUUGGCGUUAGUUCUCAAUUCUUGACUGACCUACUCGUUGUAUCAAGUGCUUUGCUAUUCGUUUGCGGGAGUCGCACAAAAAUGUUUUGGCUAUUGUUUUACAAAAGGGUCAGUCGGCCCGUGUUCCCACAUAUGCUUAUCGAAUGGGUAUUUAACGUUCCUUUGGCAGUUAGACAGUAGACGACUGUGCUUCGGAUAGAGUGCCAGCGCCAAACCAAUUAAUACGGAAUUCCAGAUUCCCUGGUACCUCUAACCCUCAACCUCGUUCCCAGGGUCUUUUCCCUGGCUUGGGGGUGGGGCGCCCCACCCCCAAGCCAGGGAAAAGACCCUGGGAACGAGGUUGUCUAACCCUCUGGACUAAGUCGUUUAAACGGGAAUUAACAAUCAAAUUCUAUUAAAAGAGUGUUCUUCUUAAGUACACGUUACAUUUUUCUCUGUUAUAAACGCUGGCUCCACCAAAAUCAGGGAAAUUUAGAGGACAAAGUACGUCUUUACAAAGCGCGGAAGUAAGAGUAGCGCGUAGUCCUGGACGCCAGUCUCUAAAUAUAGCCUUGCACAUCUGACUUCCGAUUUGUCCAAAAAAAAUGGCGCCCGCAACGACAAAUACUUCAACUUUUUCUUCCACUGCGAUAACUGGUUUUUCAACUGUACUUACAACGUCAAAAACCGAAGAUACAAGCGUCGACAACACAGAUUUUUAUACCGGCCUCGGACUUGCGAUAAGUUCCAGCGUUUUCAUCGGCACAAGUUUUAUCAUUAAGAAGAAAGGCUUGCUUAAAGUAACAAGGAGUUCAGGAACGAGAGCGGGUCAAGGAGGCUACGCUUAUCUGAAGGAAUGGCUCUGGUGGUCUGGAAUGAUAACAAUGAUCGUUGGCGAGAUCGCUAACUUUACAGCAUAUGCGUUUGCUCCAGCUAUUCUUGUUACUCCAUUAGGAGCGUUGAGCGUUUUAGUAAGGUACGUUCAAGCUAGAUGUAAUAUGUUGUUGACUAAUAUCUUCUUGUGUUCAUCAAAUUGAUAAAGAAUUAUAUAAAAUGUCAUCAAGCAGGAAGGUGAUAAAAAUAUGAAAGUCAUCUUCUAAGAGUUACCAAAUAUUUGAUUUUUUUACACAACGAACUAUAUAUUUAGUCCAGAGGGUUGACAACUUAAAUCAACCAAUCAGAUUGCACCAUUGCCAGUCCAAUAUUUUCCAACUAUUGGACCUGGAACUGUCCCAAAUGAACCCACAUAACUACUCAUGAAAGUUUUCUUUCUUUCUUUUCUUUUUUUUCUUUUUUUGCAACUGUUUGUUUCUGUCAUUUUAACCCAUUAGCUGAAAAUGUCAAAAAUGUCUAAAAAAUGCUUUUUGCCAAAAGCUUUAGGUGUUAAAUACGUCAGAUGUAGAUUAUAAAUGCUAAUUCGGAUCUCAAUGACAAUUGCUACAGCCUUAUUCAAGUCCCUGAUUGUGUGAUAUUUUCAAAACAUUUCAGUCAAGACUUGUAAUAAAUCUCUUACCAGCCAAACUUGCUAGGGACCAUACUGGAAGAAUA